AUGGAUACAACAAAAUCAUUUAAUUUUAAAGAAAAGGUUAGAGGAUUUUUAGGUAGUGCAGCAAGUGUCAUCUCACCUAUUAAAGAUCAUGAUCUCAAGGAAGUAGUUGGUCAAGAUAAAUUUUGGAAAAUUUAUCAAUCAACAAAAAAAACAACAAAUACAGAAUGUUCAUUAUUUGUAUUUGAAAAGAAAUUAUAUGAAAAGGUAUCAAAAAGUAAUUUAGAAAAUGUUAUAACAUUUUUAAAGAAAGAAGCAACUACAUUACAAAGAUUAAGACAUCCAUCGAUUUUACAAGUUGUAAGUGUAAUGGAAGAGACAAAAACACAUAUUCAUUUCGCAACAGAACCAAUAUUGGCAACAUUAGAGGAUCUAUUAGGAUAUUAUAGACAAAGAAAAAAGUCAACAGUUGAUCAAUCAUCACAAUCAGAAGAAGGUUAUAAGAAAAAAGAUUUCACAUUUGAAGAAUUGGAAUUGAAAGCAGGCAUUUUCCAAAUACUAGAUGGUUUAUUAUUCUUAAAUCAAACUGCUAAAUUAUUACAUCGUAACAUAUCACCUGAAUCAAUUUUCAUAACAAAAGAUUUGAAAUGGAAAUUGGGUGGAUUAGGUUUCACUUGUUCAAUUGAAACUAAAGAACCACCAAUUUCAAAUUUAUCAUUACAAGAUUUAAGAGAAUAUCAAUAUAUAAGUGGUGGUGGUGGUGGUGAGAGUAGUAAUAAUAGUAAUUAUAUAUUACCACAAUUAGAUUAUUUAGCACCAGAAUUUAUUUCACAAAGAAAGUUUGAAACAAAUUCAGAUUUAUUUAGUAUUGGUAGAUUGAUAUUUGAAUUAUCAAUAAAUUUAGAACAGAAAGCAUUGGAUUCACAUUUGAUUAGUCAAUUACCAAAGUUGGGUGUAAUUUCAUAUUAUAAUACAAUGAUUGAACAAGUUAGAAGACAAUCGACAAUGAAUACUCAAAGAUCUGAUAGUGCAAAGGUUUGUACUAUUUUAUUGGGUGACCCAAUGCUACGUGGUGAUUUAGAGAAUUUCAUUCGUUCUUCAUUCUUUCAAGAUGUUUUAACUAAAACCUUACUCUAUUUGGCAAAUAUCUCUCAAAAAGAGGAUGAAUCGAAAUUACAAUUCUUUAGAGGUCUUUUGAGAAUAGUUCAACAGUUUUCACCAAGAAUACAGAAUAAUUAUAUUUUACCAGUAUUGCUAUCAGAGAUUUCAAAUGAUAGGAUCAUUUAUGUGCUAUUACCAAAUAUUAUGUCAAUCUCUGCGAAUCAUGUAAAGAAGGAAACUUUUCAGUCAAAGGUUUUACCGGCAAUAUCAAAUAUUCUUCAAUCAAAGGAACCAAAGCCAGAGGUGUUAUCUUGUGUUUUGGAGAAUUUACCAAUGUUACUUCAAAAGUGUAGUCUUGAUCAGAUUAAAAAGAUUCUAUUACCCAUUUGUUUGGGCUCGAUGUGUGGUCCAACCAAUGAGAUCAUUUUCCAAUGUUUGUCAACGGCCCAACCAAUUGCUAAAUUCUUUGAUACCGAUAUGAUUAGUGUUGCUGUAAUUCCACGUUUAACAAAUUUAUGUGUUGGUGGUUUCCCAGUUCAUAUUCGUACUAAAGCAAUUCAAUGGUUUACUCUUUUAGUUCCAUCAAUUGAAAAGAAAAUCAUUGUUGAUUCUUUAUUACCAAAUCUUGAGAAAAUAUUAGCAGGUGAUAAUUCUCCAGUGAUCCUUCAAUCUUUGGUUGAAACUUAUGAAGCACUCUCAAAGAAAUUGGGUGGCGAACUUUUAGCAAAGAGUGUUUUACCUGCAUUAAUACCAUUAUCCUCUGACAAACAUAUAGAUUUAGAACAAUUUAAAACAGUUAUGAAAGUAAUUAGAGAUAUUUUAAAUACUUAUGAACAAGAACGUAUUAAUGAAUUAUCAAAUUUACAAAGAUAUACUUCACCAACUCCAACAAAAGAUGAAAAUGAUACUUCUUUUAUAACUGUUAAUAAUAAUAAUAAUAAUAAUAAUAAUAUUUCACCAACACCAAUUAAUUUAACUUUACCAAAUAGUUUUGGAAUUACACCAAUAACAACAACAGCAACCACACAACCAUCAUCAUCACCUUCAAUGUUAUUCCCUCAACCACCACAAACAUCACAACCAUCAUCAUCACCACUUUCAUCUAGUAGUAGCGGUACUACCAGUAAUCCAUUCAAUAGUGUACUAUCAGGUAAUAAUAAAGCAUUAAUUGAUUCUCCUGAUUUUGGUUCAACUUAUAUUAGUCAACCACCAUCAACACAACAAUUAUCAUCAAAUAUUAGUUUAACAUUACCAAAGAGUCCACCUACUACAAGACCAACAGUUUCAAAUUCUUCAAAUUCUUUAUUCCCAACCACAAAUACAACUAAUAAUAAUAAUAAUAAUAAUAAUAUUAAUAAUAAUAAUAGUAGUAAUAAUGGUAGUAAUUAUAAUAGUUUUAAUAAUAGUAGUUUCCAAAAUAAUUCAAACCAACCAGUACAACCACCACCACAACAACAACAACCUCUUUCAUUUAAUUCAUCAUUUGAUUUUGGUAGUAAUUUACAACCAAUAAAACCAACAAAUACAAUUGCGGCACAAACACCAUUACCACAACCAAAAUUAUCAUAUAACUCUUCUUUCGAUAUUGGAAAUAGUAAUAAUAAUAAUAAUAAUAAUAAUAAUAAUAAUAAUAAUAAUAAUAAUAAUAAUAAUAAUAAUAAUAAUAAUAAUAAUAAUAAUAAUAAUAAUAAUAAUAAUAAUAAUAACUUAAAUUCAUUUAGUAACUUUGGAAAUAAUAGUAGUAAUGGAAUGAAUAACUCAAACAAUAAUUUUGCAUUAAACAGUGGUUCAACAUUACCAAUUAAAUCAACUUCAACUUCUAAAUAUGAUAUUAAUUUAGAAGACCAUGUAAAUUCUUCAUCAAAUAGCUUUUCAAAUAAUAGUUUUAGUAAUAAUAAUAAUAGUAGUAGUAAUAAUAAUACUAACAAUAAUAACAAUAAUAAUGGUGUUGGUAAUUUCAAUAGUAGCAACUCAUUUUCUUCUUCCUCACAAUCAAAUUAUGGUUUCGAUCAACCUUUGAAUCCCACAACUAAUUCAAAUCACAAUAGUUAUGGAAAUAAUAACUAUGGUAAUAAUUCUAACAACAACAACAACAACAACACAAAUAGUAUGAAUUCAUCAUUUAAAAAUAUGGACUUAAAUCAAAAUAACAGUUACAAUAAUACUUUAAAUGAUUUUAAUAGUUUCCAUAAUAAUGUUAAUUCAAGUUUUAAUAUGAAUCCACCAAGUAUCACUAAAAAUGUUAACUUUAACAGCAAUAAUUAUAAUAAUAAUAACAAUAAUAAUAACAAUAAUAAUAAUAAUAAUUAUAAUAAUAAUAAUAAUAGUAAUUUUUGGUAA